CCAUUGUCGUCAUUGCUUUAAGAAAAGGCUACAACCCACACAGUUCCUUCCCUUCAACUCACAGCUGCUUAGCUUCAGUCUCUCGGACGUUUUUCAGUGCAGUCACGCCAGGGAGAAACACAUCAGCCUCGAUGACUUCAGAUAGGUGUAUAGAAGGGAAAUUCUGGAAUCGUGCUCGUUACAAAUGUGAGCCAUGUGAGACUAAAUAUCUAAUCAUAAAAGGUUACGAAUUUAUUGAAAACUGCGGGUGGUCCGAUGAGCAACAACAGAUCGAGUCACCUUACAAACCAUGCAGAGAUGGGACAUUUAAUAAUGGAUCUCAAGUCAAAUGCCAAAAUUGUCGCUCUUGCCCAACGCCACAGUUGACUGCGUCUGAAUGCAGCACCAGCUCGGAUGCCAUCUGCUGUAGGCAAGGGGAGCAGGCUUUUAAUGGAAAAUGCAUCCCUCAACCGUGGCUGACCACAAGGAUAACAACUGCGAGUACGACUGUCUUCAUAUCUAGCUCUGUCGCCAGCUCAAGCCCCUCUCCGAGCACUCAAAACGUCUUUCCAGAGCCCUCUACAAGCACUCAAAGCUUUAUGCCAAUCACCACUCCAAGUUCCACUGAAAUUUCAUCAAUUGACCAAUUCAUAGGGAUCUAUGUAUGUUUUGGGAUUUUAUCAACUCUCAUUCUGGUGUGUCUCUUCCUUUUCAUCAAGAGGAGGACUAAACCUUUCAAUGAAGAAUUAAAAAAAUGCUGUAAUGGAGCAAGUCAUGAAAGCCUGUCCAAAAAGGGCAUUGGCAGAUAUGAACAGGCCAUCUCAUACAACAUAAUCAAAGAGAGUAGUAACAAUGAUCACGUAACUGGAUCGUCGCAUCUGUUAGCACCUGAGGUCCAGGAUGCACCUCUCAAAACGGUGCUGAACAACCUGGAUGUUCUUGAGGAGCUUGUGUUGGUAUUAGACCCGGACAUCUCUGGUGCCAAGAACACACGUCACCUUGCCGCCCAGUGCUCCUUUUCCUUUGCCUGGAUCAAUUAUGCCUAUUCCAUGAAGGACCACAAAAGCCCCCUCGUCGCUGUUUUGGAGGGUGUCGUCACCAAAAACCCAGACUGGACUGUCAGCCACCUCGCUGAGCUGCUAACUGCUAUCAGUCGCAACGAUGCAGUGGAGAUUUUGGCGAAGCUUCCUGCGGGUGUUUAAGAAUAAUUCAUGUGAUAUUUUAAGAACACAAAACAGUAAUUCACUUAUUAUACUGUAUUGUUCAACAUAACCUCGUAACUAUUUUACGUUUGGGCAAAUUUGUGAAUUAGCAUUUUCAUAUGAAUCAAAUUGUAGUGUGCAUUUAUAUGAAAUCGCCAACUUGAAAAUUGUUGUUUUAGAGUAUUUUUUUCCUAUAUAAGUUCAGCAUUCAGUGAUAGCUGUUGAAGCAUGCAGUGCUUGAAAAACGCACACAAUAUGAACGUCUAGGGUUAUUUUGGACGAAAACAACUCCUUCAUUCAGUUAACAAUGGGUAACAGAUGUGCAUUUGGAGGCCAUAUAGAAGCAUUUACAAUCAAAGACAAGACACUUGGAGUUUCCCCUAAAUGUUCUACCUCCAUUCUAUCCUAGUUCACGCUUAUUUACUUUUAACACUACAUAACACUAUUAAUGUUUCAUAAUUUUGAUUUUUGUUAAAUUACUAUAAUUCAUAAAAAAAAAAUUCUUCGAAAGUUUUUAUAUGAAUUAUAAAUCUUGUGAAUAUAAUUGUUGGCAAACCAAUAUUACAUGUUUUCAAUUUCUAAACCGGAUUUGGCAACAAACCCUUUCUGAAAGCAAUAUAUCAUUAGUUACUAGCGGCGCACAAUUGAUUAUUUUGUACGUUCAGCACAAAUACCACAAUAAAUCUUGAACUUUGUUCAAACAUUGUACAUCUUUAUUAAGCAAAAACAUUAUAAAUAAAAAAAGUGCAUAGAAAAAUUAAACAGGUUUAGAAAUAUAUAUACAACUAUUUACAAACUUAGGGGUCGUUUGUACAAGGUGGCAAAGACACUUUUUUUUUUUCCAUUUUAAGUCUUUUUCAACACAACGUUGUUGUUUUUUUAAAAUAACCUACAAAGGAACAGACAGAUUUUCUUUUCCCAAGAAGCUCUGGGAGAUGCAUUAUCACAGGAGGUCCUGACUAGUGCUUUGCAUCCUUCAUUGCACACAAGCCAACUCUGCAUGACAGAACAGACCAAGCAAAUCUAGUUUUGCAUUAGUAUUACUUGAUGUUGUCUGAACAGCUUGAGGUAGAAUCCUUGCAAGUCUGGGGUGGUUUGAUUAAAAUCUGAGAGAUGCUAAAUUUCAGGAUCUUGAUGGAGAUUCCCCCUCCACACAAACACACAGAAUAUGGAAAAAGCAGGAGAUGACAACGUGAUUUAGUGGGAGGAAACUUCUCCUUUGAGAACGUCAAAUAAAAUCAGACAACUAAGACAUUUAAAACAAACAGCUGGCUCAAAACAUCACCUCGUAAAAAGGCCACGUUGCAAGAACUCAUCCUCAACUCUGAUAAGACCUUGGUCACAUACAAAAAGCACAGACCUUUGGGUAAAAACUCCCAUAAAGUUAAACGGGAAUAAACAGAACGCCCUUACAGUCCGAACGAUGGCAUCAGCUUGUUGAUUUUUCUCCUGCAUGAAGAAGAGAACCAACUCCCAAAUCUUUCAAGGACAAUUAAGGUGCCGAGUGCCACCGUCUACUGAAAAACUGUUUCAAUAACUCUUCUAUAAAUAUAUAUAUAUAUAUAGAGAUUUUGUAAGUCACCAGUAUACAUCGCCUUCACGCUCCUACGUCUCUAGGACACUUUAAGCAGUUUCUAACUCCCUAGAUAAAUGUAGAGCUCCAAUUGUAUGUGCAAUUGUGGCAAAAAAUGAUUUAUUGCAGGAACAAUCCACAACGUCAUCACACCUUGACGCAAUGAGGAUGCAUUUAGUCACGAUUAGCUUAAGUAGUGUCCUCUACUACACGACGAAAAGAAACACAAAUAUCCACUCAGGCAUGAUUUUGUUUCGACACAAGUCUCUCAAGAGGUAUAAAAAGCACAAACAUGCUAAAGCGUUGCCGCUUAUGAGUACUCCGAAUUUCAACACACCAUUGACAUUUAUGGGCUCAUUGUUGGAAAGCGUGUAUGGUUGGCUUUGCUAUUUUAGUAACGGGGUGCAUCAACUCCAGCUCGCAUCGGAUCUCUGACAUGGCAUGAAACAGAGGAAGUAUGGAUUUGAUCCUCUUUAGGAUUCAUGUUGGGCUUAGCACCAUGGAGGAGGUCAUCAAGUUUAAAAAACGCUUAUACAGUUACACCACAGAACAAGCCCACAAAAACAGAAUGAAAAGUCAGACCUGCCUGUAAAAAUACAACGAAAAUAAAUUAUUAAAAAUAAAGCAUUUGAGUAGAUUAAAAGAGUUUAAGCGAAAGAAAGCGGUCACAGACAAGUGUAAAACACAACAGAGUCUCUUACUGACUGCCAAGGAGUGGAUCCAUGGGUCGUUCUGAGGGGGUUUACAGUGUUGUCCUGAGAAGUGGGAGUCUUUCUAAGCUAAACACGAAAGUGUGAUCUAAAAUAAAAUUGAUAAGAUACAGAUCUGAAUACGUUCACAUCAUUUCAUUAGUAAUAUGCAUGUUUUUACAGUAUCUUCACUGCCGCUAAGCUUUCACACACUAUGUGGUCCGCACAGUAAAAUGCUUCUCAAGCACAGAGGUGAUUUUGUUUAGAUCGUAAGAAUCCAGCACUUCAAGGUCAGCUCAAGGGUGGAGAAAAAGGGAGGUUGUUUGAAAUUAAAGGUUAUUCAUUGCAACAGAACGCCCAAACUCUUGGCAGCGUGUUCCAGCUUUUGGAAAGCAUAAAAAAGCCUGCAGACAUAAUUUAAGAUUAGUCACAAUUUUGUUGCAAAAUAUACAAGGACUCUGCCUAGAGUUCAAUAUUCGUGCCAGGUU